UUUUGUUCAUUCGUAAACAAUAUACUUCAUUUGUAUUAUUAUUAUUAUUAUUAUGGAAUAAAAACAUUUGAAGUAAAUGGCAAAUCAUGUCAAAGUAAAACGGCACCUCGGUAACGAUGAAUUAGUUAAUUUAUUGAAAAUAUAACAAAGUUUUUAAUGUUAGAGAAAUAACACGAUCAACGUCGCUCAAACUCUCAGCCUCUUAUAAACUCAAAAAAAAUCAAAUCUAUUUAAUAUACCUGCUGCUGCUGCUGCUGCUGUUGUUGUUGUUGUUGUUGUUGUUCGUCACGGGACUAAAGUGAGUUAAAAUUGAGCGGAGAUUGGCGCGGGGCGUGCAGGAGUAUUGCUCCUGGGGAGGGAUGCUCAACAAUAUUUCCGCCGGCGGUUCCCUACAUGGCAUCUCCGGAACGAAGGACGUUCAUGCGCAGGAACUAAAACGCCACGAGAAAUUGGACGGUGUACUGGGCGCGGGUUUGGGUGGAGGUCUGUCUGCCGGUGGAGGGCUCACGCUUCAUCAGGAAUUAAUCAUGACUAUGCCCGGCGCAGGGAGCGCCUCUACGAUCGGCCAAGGCGAUGACAAGCCUGCUAAACAAAAACGUCAUCGGACGCGUUUCACUCCUGCACAGCUCAACGAACUGGAAAGGUGUUUCGGUAAAACUCACUAUCCCGACAUCUUUUUGAGGGAAGAAAUCGCCAUGAGAAUCGGCCUCACCGAAAGCAGAGUGCAGGUUUGGUUUCAAAACCGUCGUGCUAAAUGGAAGAAACGAAAGAAGACCACAAACGUUUUCAGAACACCGGGUGCUUUGCUACCGUCGCACGGGCUUCCGCCGUUCGGUGCAAUGAGCUCGGACCUUUGCGGAGCCGCGGGAAUGUUUCACGCGCCAACAGACCGAUGGGGAAUGGGACCCGGGCUCGGCCAACUCGGACAAGGGAGCAUGGGAAUGACGAGUUUUGGCCAGAGUCUCGGCCAGCUCGGACAGCAAAACUCCGGGAGCCUCGGCUCGAGCCUCGGCCUAGGAAACUCGGGAUUACCGAUUAGCAGUCCAUCACAAACGGUUUAUCAAGCGAGUUACGGUCUCAAUUCUCUCGGGGGAGUGCACGUUUCAGCAGCUCGUGGUUCGCCACCGGGAGCAUCGUCAGUCGGCGGGGGCGGAGGUCAAGCGAGCGGACUGGGUAACGGCGGACUAAACUGCGGUCAGGGCUCGCCGGGUGCGGCGACCGGAAGCGGCGGGGCCGGAGGCGCUUCCGGUGUCUCGUGCGUCGGUGGGGGGGACGGGAGCGGGGGCGCUGAGACGUCGGACUGGAGAGGCGUGCACAGUAUCGCUGCCCUGAGACGUCGAGCAUCCGACGCGUCUCAACAAUACAGCCCCCAACCUCCGCCCCCGCCGGGGCCUCCGCAAUACUCUCACGAUCUUGAGUACAGUUCCGUUUAUUGAACGAAACCAUUCGCGCGUAUGAGAACAAGAGAACAGCACUAUUUUAUCGGAGCUCGAAUCUCACUUCGUGGGGUUAAAUUAAUCGGACCUUUUCACUUCUCCAAAUAACGUUGCCGUUGAUCGAAAAACCAGGAAUUCCUGAAAAAUCUGCUCCACACUCGAUUGAAAAAUUCUUUGCAUUCGACACCGAAAAAAAAACAAAUUAUUGCCAGUAAAAUUGCGAGUUUCUCUACUGAAAUCAUUGACGGAUGUACUUCGCUUAAAUAUUGAAAAAAAACGUUUUGCGGAAACGAAUAAAUGUUUUCAGAACCGAGCCGAAAGAUCUGACACACUCGCAAACACAAACUGACGAUAAAUCCAACUUUCGCAUAUUUUUCUCUCCCGAAAAAGGAUUUUUGAAAAAUCUCGCCCACUCGACGCUCGACAAUGAUCGAGGAAAUCCGACUUUUCGAUCGACCAUUGCGAGAAUCUGAAAGAGCAUCGGACGGUAAGAAAAGAGCUUUCGAAGUCGCUCGACACGGAAUAAAAAUCAAUAAUACGUAUUCGACGGUCGGUCAACGAACGUUCUCAGAGCGUUAUUUCAGUCGACGAUAGAUCGAUUAGAAGAAAUCCUCAAAAUAAAUCCACUUCUUCGCACCGAGUGUUUUUUUUUUUCUAUUCUUUUUCCUCGAGAAUGGAGAAAAAUAAUGUUUCGAGCAAAAAAAAAUGCAGAACGAUACGAUGGAAAAAAGCACACACAGACAAAAAAAGAAAAAAAAAACAAGUAUACGAUCGAAAAUUAUCAUCCUGUAGCGCAGGCUCUAUUACAUGGUACAUUGUAAAUAUAAAAUAUAAAAUAUGAUCGAAAACGAACGCAUAACUUCGCUAUUGACUAAGUAUUAUCAAAUAAAUAUAUAUAAAUAAAUAUAUAUAUAUAUAUCGUUUAGAUAAAAUCGAUAAAUAAUAGUGUAAUUCCGCGAGUGGAAGAUCGUUGUAACAAUGAGAAAAAUUGAGUCAAUCGCGCUUCGUAUUUUUUGCAGCGAAUCGUUGUUUUUAUAUUUAUUCCGUCUUUCCGUUAUUAAGUUUUAGUGAAAAAAGGCAUUGGACGAUAAAUAUGGUUUUCCGAGGGCGUGCGUGCGACGAGAGUUUUCAUGAUGGGAAGGAUCUCGAAAUUUAAAGAAAAUUAGUAAAACUGAUGGGGAAACAAACACAAGAAUGAAACGAAAGUAUUUCAAUUAUUUUACGAUCGAGAUGCUCCUGCGUCGCGAAGAAGCGCAGAUUCGUACGAUUCAGGGACGAAAUAUACGACGAAGGGUUCGGUAUUAUUGGUCUAACCUCUUUUGCGAAUUCAUAAGUUUUGUAAAUAAUACGUAUACGUGUAGAAAUAAACGUAAUAACGGAUAUAAAAUAACGAAAAAUGAGUAAAUAUAUUAUAAAUAUAUAUAGAUAUAUCAGUGAGUAAGAUAACGAAUAUAGGAGUGAGAGAGGAAGAAAAAAGGAGAAAAAACAUGGAAGAUUGCUUUUGGAACGAUUGAGCGUAAUCGUAGGUUCUAAAUAAUUGAGAGAAACGAAGAAGAAAAAAAACGCAAAGUAUACUUGGACAUUGUGAUAUUAAAUGGGUACGACGCUGUUCGUUUUGCCCGAUCGACGUCUCCUGUUAAAGAUAUUGCAGAAUAAGUGUGCGUGUGUGCUCGGGAUAUGAAGUAAACAAAAGACGAUGCGAACGCACGAACGAACGGUGCGUGAUCCCUUAGGGAGAAAGUGAGUGAAAAAAACGUUUCGUUUCGACCUUUCCUCGAUAUUUUUCUUCGUUUUAAAGUUGCGAAAUUCUUCGUCAUUCAUCGGUGGAGUUAUCUAUUACUUGGCACCUCGAGCUAAGCUUGGAAUAUUCAGUGACUGUGAAUUUUUCGUGAUUAAAUAUUCGGCGAGAUCGAUUUUGAGGUUAGGAAAUCGUGCGCGCAAUGUUUUCGUUCGGAAAAUUCAUUUGGACGUUUUGUUUGAAUAAAAAUUAUCGAGGCAAUGUCAAAAUCGAAAUAGUUCUUCGGCGCCGUUGGUCUAAAAAGUGAGGGAAAGAAUAAAUUUCGCUGAAAAGUAAUUGAAUACAAGCAUCGCAGUAUAUUCUAGUUACGAAUUUAUCCGGUAGUUUGUGAACGUUAACAAGAGAAAAAACAAAUAACAAAACACGCAACUAAUGGAUCAUCGUGAAACAUGAAUCUUAAAUUUUAGGCAUUUUUGGUCGGUGUAUCAAUUACGAACGUAUACGAUUUUUAAUGUACAAAAAAACACAUAAGAUAUGGAUGAUUGGGUAUUUUAGAUGGGAGAGAGAAGAGAAAGGGAUGAAGAUUCGUGUCGAAGUUACAACGUUUUUUUAACGGUAUAGCGAUUUGAAAAAUUUUCGCACCGAUGAGGCAAGAAACACUUCUAUUCAUCCCGCUCUUGCAAUUAUUGUACUUAAUUGACGAUUGAUAUUAUUAUUAAUAGCAUUAUUAUUAAAUCGCUGAGUUGUUUCAUGCAUAAAACCGUUUUGUUUUUGUUUUUUUAUUUUAUUUUUCGAGUCUACCUCGAAAUAGCGGAAAUAUUUUACUGAUGAAAGUCAAGAUUUCAUUGUUACUCAAUCGCGUUUGACGUUCGCUUCACACGAAUGCCAACGUAUUUCCUGUCAUUUCGUGCUGUCUUGAAACUAGACCGAGAAAAAAAAACAAAUUUCGCAUUUUGUCCUGUAGACUCUUCUAACGAAAAAUCUUCAUGGUUAAACACAAUUUCGGUUUCUUUUUUUUCAUCGUUGUAUAGUUGUGUAUAGAAAUCAGCUAAGUGUGUAAAAUAAACCAUUAUCAAAAAAUUGAA